ACGUGGUGGCGAUCUCGCUAGUCAGUGGGUGUGGAAGAACGAACGAUCGUGAGUUACAGAGCUUGUUCUAUACUCCAACUCACAAUGGUGUUCGAAGGUUGUUGUUUGACCCAAGAAGAGGCUGAGCAGCGGGCUCAAUCGCAAAAAAUCGACAAACAGAUAGCCCAAGAGAAGGCCCAGCUUCGACGUCAGGUUAAAAUAUUGCUUCUUGGCGCAGGAGAGAGCGGGAAAAGUACCUUUCUCAAACAAAUGCGAAUCAUCUAUGGAAAGGAUUUCGAUGCGGACGCUUUGCAAGAAUACAAGCCUGUCGUUUAUAGCAACAUCUUAAAGGGCAUGAAAGUGCUAGCAGAUGCUAGAAGAAAGCUCAGAAUCGACUGGGACGCCCCAGAUAACGAAAUGCAUGCAGAGAGAAUUUUAACUCUACAAGCACCACCGAGAAUCGACACCGAAUUUUUUCUUCAAUACGCCGAGAGUGUCCGACGGCUAUGGACCGAUGCUGGUAUUCGAGACUCCUUUGACCGACGACGCGAAUUUCAGCUGGGCGAUUCCACCCGAUAUUUUCUCGAUCAUUUGGAUCGCAUUUGUAGAGCGGACUAUAUUCCAACCAAGCAAGAUAUGCUACACUCGAGAAAAGCAACUAAGGGUAUCGUAGAGCAUGAGUUUAUGAUCAAGUCCAUCCCAUUCAAGAUGGUAGAUGUUGGUGGUCAAAGAUCACAAAGAGCCAAGUGGUUUCAAUGUUUCGAUGAGGUGACAUCAAUCCUUUUUCUCGUGUCGUCGAGCGCUUACGACCAGGUAUUGAUGGAGGAUAGAACAACAAAUCGUUUAGUCGAGUCCUGCAAUAUUUUCGAGACGAUCGUCAACAACAAAUUCUUCGCCAAUGUUUCCAUCAUUUUGUUUCUAAACAAAACGGAUCUUCUAACAGAGAAGGUCAAACACACAAAUAUCAAGGACUUUUUCCCUGCCUUCCAGGGCGACCCUCAUAAACUGGAAGAUGUACAGAACUUUAUCUUACAAAUGUUCGACAGCAAGCGUCGUGAAAGGUCUAAAGCGCUCUUUCAUCACUUCACAACUGCCGUAGAUACCGAAAAUAUCAAGUUUGUGUUCCAUGCUGUUAAGGACACAAUCCUGCAGGAGAAUCUGAAGGCAUUGAUGUUACAGUGACACACUGAAUUGCAAAAAAGGCAAAAAGAAAUUCUUUAUUUUCUAUCAUUAGAUCUCUUUCAAAGCAUGUAUCUGUUCAGAGGAGAGGAUGCAAUGCUCUCAGAAGAAGACAUUGGUUUGACAUUUUAGAGCAUUAUCAAUUUACAAGCUUAACUCAACAAAUGAUAUUGAGAAUUGGCUCUGUCAUCCAUAAGAGGACUCUGAACGCACUGUGUGGAUGGAGCUAAAAAUAUCUGAACAUUUCAAAAACAGGGCUGUCCAUCUAACGUGGGCAGUGUUGGCCUAUGAGUGAUAAAAAAGGUGAAUUAUAUGGAGAAUGAAGUAUAAAAAGUAAGUAUUUUGAUUUUCCAAAGGAAAAAUAGUCAAGCCCUGGAUAGAAUAUGUCAGUUAAAGAUUAUAACUGCAUUGCAAGGUACAAACCAUUUUUUCAAAAAAAAAAAUCCCUAGUUUAAAUGGACUUAAUGUUUUGGUCCUUUUAUCUUUUUGAUAGUAAUUUAUUAUGCUUGCAGUGCAAUGCUUAAAAGCAAGUAUUUGUCUACCUUUGAUUUACUGUUCUAGAUUCCAUAGUCAACACAGCAACAGAGAGUGGAAGCAAUUAUCUCUUGGCCUUUCUAUUUGCAGUGCUAAGACCUCUUUGCCUCUCUUGCCAACAAAUUAGCCUAGAAGUUUGCUGGAAAAACUCUAAAAAACAUGAAUUUUUCAAGAUCUUCACACAUGAAAUUGUACUUAUUCAUUUGUCUGUUUGAAGAUUUUUGUGCUAGAUGCUUUUCAUUGCAUCACAACUUUGUGAAUAUAUUUGUCGCAGCAUUUGUGUAUCUAGCCACUUUUUUUAGAAAUGUUAGCAAAUUGAAUUCUUCUUUAAAGGAAUGUUUUAAGUGGCAUAUGCAAGCAUUUCCUGACUUGUUUCAUACAGGUAGCCAGUAUCAGAAAAAAGUACCAUGUGUGAAAGUCAUCAGAUAUUUCUGAAAUGCUUGUUUAUUGGGCUCAUCGAUAUGAUUCAUCAUUUCCAUCUAGAUCUAUGCGAUGAGAUAACAAGUAAAAGAUACCAGUAGAAACUUGACCAGUGUUGUGUUUGAUGCCAGAUAACAUAAAUGCUGCUAAAGUAUAUCCAGUAAUACAUAAUGGAAAAACAAUCCAAACUCCCUAUGCUCUGUUGCUGUGUAUAUUAUGUCUAAUAAGUUUAGUUAUGUGCUGUUGGACUAACCUUAUAUUAACCCUUAUAGUUAGGCAUUAUUAUAAGACUAUAAAGAGGGGCAGGGCCUGAAUUCAUUGGAGGAAAUAUUGAAAGAUGAUAGAAUUUAUGAAUGCUGAAUGUAGAAAAAAGUAUUCUUGUUGCUUCUAUUGUGAGAUGAGGAUUAUGGAGUUGGAGUUCCUUUAUGUCAAAUUUACUGUAAGGAGUCAGAAAAUGUGUUGUAUAUAAAACAAGUGUAUCAUGUUAUAUGGAUUGGCCUUUAUGUGUUCACAAAAGUAUUUUAUCACAAAAUCUCAUGAAUUUUUAUUGGAGUCUUUUAAGUUUCAUCAAUGGCACUGAUUGCCAUAUUCAUUGUAUACUAUAAAGAGUCAUUCAUUAUAUGACACUUUAAGGCAGUGGGAAAUCCCCUGAAUAGAAUCCUGAAAACAAUUGUAAUCUAAAAAGAAUCAUAUUUAAUGGUAGAUUCUUUUUCCUCUAACUUUAGCCUUGUAAUAGUGUUAUUUUAGAGGUAUUGUACUUGUAAAUUACUAUGAGCCUUGUGCAAACAGAUGCAGAGAAAUGCUGGCACCACUAUGUUGCAAAAAUGUUGUGCUGAUGCCAUGACAAUUUUUACAUAAUUUUCCACCCUACAUAGUGGCAUUGAAAUAAUAUUGGGUUAAUGUUGUUUGGGGCAACAAUGCUGCUCAACUGCUCUGAAGGUUUGGUUAAAUCACUGUUUACAUGAGGCUUCAGGGUAAACCUAUUCUUUGAAUAUACCAUUUUAUCAAAAUUACGAAAAUUUCAGACUCUACUUGCAUGCAAAAUACAUGUCAGUGCUAACUUCUAUUAUUUCCUACAUCAAUGUGCUCUGUCUUUACCUGGCUUAUAAAAAGGUGGAUAAUUUUAGUAAUGGUUAUUUUUGUAGGCGGCUUUUAUAUUAAAAUUUAGGUAAUUUGAAGGAAAAUCGUCAAGUUAACAAGAAAGUUAUUAGUCAAUACUUCUGCAAAGUGUUAACUGUUUUGAUUUUAAGAAUUAAAUAAUGUUUUCUGAAGCUA